AAUCAUGAUUAUAUUGGGGCAAAGAAGUGAGACGUACACUCCACUGUUCAUUGAUACUCCAGUUGAUUUUUUUAUAUAGUGAUUAGUGUUAUUUAAUGUAGUGAACAUGUCUUACAAGAAGUGCUGUGUUCCAGGUUGCCCAACUAAAGAAUUUUUCCUGCAUGAAUUUCCGAAUCCUUCGAAACACUUGGAUCGAUUCGUAAAGUGGAUUAACAGUAUUGGCGGGGAAAUUUUGAAUUUAAGCAAUGAAUUCAUUUAUAAGAAUCGAAGAGUCUGUCGUAUCCAUUUUGAAACAAAGUAUCAUUGCCGAAAUAAUAGACUCAGCAACAUAGCUGUGCCAACUAUUAACAUGCCAUGUUCAGCAGAGCAGAAGUAUUUCAAAGAAAUACACAAUUUACCUGUCAGUAAUGUUACUGCAUCAGAAGAAUUACUCAUUGAAACAUCAACAGUCUCAUACAGCACAGAGGAGAAGACAGCGGAGUCUGACUCCGGAGACAAGUUGCCCGGUUCUGUGGAGGAGUGUCACAAACAGAUAGAGUCCUUGACCAGUGAGCUCGGCACACUCAAGCAGCAGCUGAAGGAUUAUGAAGACAAAUACAAGCGAGCCCUGGCCGAAGGUGAAAAUGUAAGGAGACGGAUGCUGAAGCAAGUGGAGGAUGCAAAGUCGUUCGCGAUACAGAGCUUCUGCAAGGAUUUACUUGAUGUCGCCGACACGCUGUCAGCAGCGGCAGAGAGCGUGCCCGAGGGGGUGGAGGGGGAGAACGCGCCCGCAGCGCUGCGCUCGCUGAGGGACGGCCUGCGCCUCACCCGGGCACAGCUCACACAGGUGUUCAGUCGGCACGGGCUGGUGGCGGUGUCGCCGCUCAGAGAGAAGUUCGACCCCAACCUGCACGAGGCGCUGUUCCAACAGGAGGUGGAAGGCGCGGAGCCCGGCACGGUGGUGGCGGUCAGCAAGGUGGGCUACAAGCUGCACGAGCGCUGCGUGCGCCCCGCGCUCGUCGGCGUCGCCAAGGGCUCCUCCUAACGUACCGGUACGACAACCCGGGGCAGCAGCACAGCUGAUACGUCUGCGCUGUAAUAUGAGACUAGAAACUUAUGUACAAUCAGUGACGUGCACCUCUUCAUAGAUACAAAAACUCCUUGAGGAGUUUGUUGGACAGCCAUAGUGAAAUCCUUUGGAUUAAUAUUUUGGUUCUGCAACUCCUUGGCCUUCCUCCUUGGGUCUCUACGUAAAAGGAAUAAAUAGGUAAAUCUCAGUCAGAGAGGCAUACUUCUGCCAUUUUGGUUUCAGCGUUUUAUGCUGCGGCUCCCAGUCUUGAUUCUGUCUCCCUGAUAUGUCAAUAAUUAGAUUUCAACCGAAACUGGUUUUCAGGCUGAAACCGAAACCGAAUAUUCGGCUGUGGCUUCAGUUUCGACCGAAACCGAAACUCACGUGGUGAAAUAUAAAAUUCCUUAAAAUACUGAAGUUUGGUGCAUUUUACCCAAUAUUCUGUAUUAAUUAGGACAUGAAAUGGAAACACAGUAUGUUAAGUUUGUUUAUAUUGACAAAAAAAUACCCAAGCUUUCCACAAUACUAAAUUAAUUGUAUCAAACCUUCAAAGUUUGAUACAAUUAAUUUAGUAUAAAACGAUUUGAUUCGUUCCAAUUAGUCAAAAUCCUUGAAGAUGUGAUACAAUCAAUCGCUGAUGUGUCUACACAAGAAGUUUCUUCUAGAAAGCCAUAUUAUAUGUGUUAUGGGCUAUAUUUUGUCGAUAUUUCCAGUAGAACGGAACUACGCAGGUAAAACCGCGGGGCGUUUGCUAGUCGAAUAUACAAAUGCUAGGAAACUGAUGUCGUCUGUGAGACAUUGUUUUUAGAAAUCCCACGAGAAACAAAGAAUUUUUAGGAAGAAAAGUAGUUUUUUCCAUCCAUAUUCGGUUAGCGGUUUAACCUUGAAAAGGAUACAGAUGAGGUAAGCUUUAAAUAAAAAAUACUAAAUAGUAAAUAUAUAAAAGUUAUUGGCCUACCAUAGAGUUUCUAGUCUCUUAUUAUAGUGUAGAUUAGCACAAAGAGUUGUAUGAGAACGUACUGGUACGCAAGUCAACGUUCCGAUACGGUGCAGAGUAGUGACAUAGAGGGACAUUGGUUAUUUGCUAAGCAUUGACUGUUGUACAUUAUUUUAUUGUUGGUAAUAAUUAACAUAUCUUGUAUUGUAUGAGUUGGAUUUUGUUUUACUUUAUUUUGUAAACAGAAAAAAUAAAUGAAAAAGCCGACUAAAAACUAAUAGAAAAUACAGAAAAUGGUAUUUCUAAUACGACUUUAACAAAUGAGACAAUGUAAAGGAUAUAUUCAUGUGAUUCGAAUGAAGGCCAGUUAUUUUUUUUUAACGUGACAACGUCUUAUAAUUCGAUGGAGCCGGCUGCACACUCGAAAAAAUAUGACGUCAUGCGUCGUUCCCUCGGUCUAGGGUUGCCAACUUUUUUU